UCUUUUUGGUAGUCGCAGUCGGUGACCGAAAAAGUGUCAAAAACCUUUUGGCUUCCUACUCAAAACAGUGACCCCACUUCAGUCGCAGAAGCUCUUCUUCCAGAAUGAAUCCCUUCUAUUCUGAUUUUACUCCUCAAUAUCCUUAUUCUCCUCUAAACAACUAUGCAUGGAACAUUCAUCGACAACCCACCACUGAGAGAUAUCGAAAUCAAAUUAACUAUGGCUGGCAAAAUAUGCUUCAUGGAGGUUUAAAUCACAGCCAUUUUAAUUUCGGUGAUCCAACCCCUCCGUAUGGUUUGGGUUUUCCAAAUGAUGGUGCUCCUGCUGCUAACUUCUUACUGCACCAAACUGCUAGACAAAUUAAUCCUUUUGUGGCCCCAAGCUUCCAAGAUGAUGAUGUCAGAGCUGCUAGCUUCUCACAGCACCAAAUUGGGAGACGGAUUAAUCGCUUUGCAACCUCACCAGCACGGCCAACUAAUCGUGUUGCAAGUCCUCGAGCGCGGCCAACUAAUCGUGUUGCAAGUCCACGAGCGCGUCCAGCUAAUCCCAUUGUAGCUCCCCGAGCAAGACCAUUCUGUGAAAUUUGUGGGGUUUGGUUGAGUAGUUCCAAAAACAUAGAAGAACAUAAUAAAGGAAGGAACCAUCAGAAUAUGUUGAAAGAACAUAAGCAUACGUUGAAAAGACAUGAGAAGUCCGAGGAACUUAGAGGUAUAAGAAGACGAGAGAGGGAGCAUGUGCCAAAUGCCCUUGGGAAUAUAGUAGAUCGGUCUAAGACAGUUCGGAAAUCCGAGAGAAGAAUUUCUGUUGAAAGGCAGCACAAAGAUUACCUGGGAAAAUUCAUGGCGGAGACUUCUACUGUUACAGCUGAAAAUGCUGAAGGGGAAUGUAGGGAUAAAUCUGUAACCAGGGUUUAUGACUCCAAGAGGAAAAUCGGAGGAGUUAAUGAAGGCAAUGAUGAGAACAAGAUUAAGAGGAUAAGAAGGACUAUCGAAGCAUCAAAACAUGAAGGGGAAUUGAGGGAUAACUCUGUUGCAGAGGGCUGUGAUUCAAAGCCAAAACCUGAGGGAGAAGUGAGGCACAACUCUGCUGCAGAGGGUCAUGAUUCCAAGCUGAAGAUUGGGGGAACUAGGGGAGUUAAUGGCAAGAAAAUUAAGCGGAGAAGAAGGGUCAUCAAAUCAUCAAAAUCUGACACCAAUGCUCCAUCAAAUUGUGCAAAUGCAGAGUCUACCCCUCAAGUACCUACAGGGGCACCACCAGAGCAGCCUAUGCCACUGCAGGUACUCUUACCAGUACCAGCAGUGGGAUCAAAUUCUGAACCACAAAUUCAACCUCUUGUACUAGCUAAUUCAGAGGCCAAUGUAAAUGACAAGAGUCCCAUUUCUACUGAUGAAACAAAUGUUCAAUUGCCAUCAUCAAUGUCAAUGGAGUUCAAUGCUCCUGUAAAUUCUAGCAUUAACAAUGAAAUUUUAGAUGGAAGUUGCAAAGUUGAAGAAAAGAUGGGAGUACUUGACAUCAUUCCUAUGUCAAUUUAUGUGGAGUCUACAGUCCAAGUACCUUCAGCAGUACCACCACAGAAGCCUGCACCAUUAUUGGAACUCUCACCAUUACCUCCGGAGCGAUUAAACUCUGAACCACUAAUUCAACCUUUUGUACAAGUUGAAGCGGAACAGCAAGCAUCCAAAGACAAUGUACAUAAUGAGAAUCAAAAUCCUACGCAUCAUGAAACAAAUGUUUAUCUUCCAUCAUCAAUCUCAAUGGAAUUUGAUGCUCCUGCAGAUUCUAGUACCAAUACUGAAAUUUCAAAUGAAAAUUUCAUAGCCAAAGAAAAUAUGGAAGUCACCACCAAAUUAAACAUAGCAUCAGUUCAGUUAUUCCAGGAAAAUAUUUGUUUUGUAUGCGGCGAUCGAGGCUUUGAAGAGGCAUUGGUUUAUUGCUACAAGUGUCAAAUAUGGGCACGACAUAGGUAUUGUUUAGACGGACCUGUGAUAUUCACCGAGCAAGUUAUAUGGUUUUGUGAGGAUUGUAAACCAACGGUAGAAACAUGUGAUUCUCAAAAUUUAGAAGAUACAAUCCAAACCAGGAUGGAAAAAACCAAUUUCACAAAGCAAAUAGGGGAGAAAAACGAGUUUAUGAAAGUGUGUCAACCUGCUCUGAAAACGGUUGAAAACACUCAUGUCGCUGAUCUUAAUCUUGUAGAAUUAAAAGAUCAUGUUGUAGCACAACCUGUUAAUGAUCCAAUUUGGAGAGGAAGUCUUCACGUCGACAACAAAAGUAUCAAUUCCAUCAUCACUUCCAUCAAUGGACUUUUCGCACAUUUGUCCGAUCUAGCUUGCUCCCUUGUUAGUGAGGAAACAAGACGUUUUCCAGAGAAGCUUUCCCUGGACUUGUUUCAAAGACGUGCAGUGUGGCCAAGUCGCUUCUUGAAGUAUGAGAUAGAUCAGAACAGCAUUGCACUUUAUUUAUUUCCUGAUGAAAGAUGUGAAAGGGACUAUGACAUGUUAGUUGAUGACAUUAUUCGCUCUGACCUUGCCAUGAGAGCUGUGCUUGAACAUGUAGAGCUCCUAGUUUUUCCUUCCACCGUGCUUCCGAGAGAAUACCGGAGAUUUAAAGCAAAGUACUACUUGUGGGGAGUCUUCAAAGCAAAGAAAACUUAAAUCUAAUACAACAAAGUGAUGUGGUGUGUAUAGAGAUCAGGCCUUAAACACUGCAAAACAUAGUUCAUAGAAUAGUUGAGAAAGAGUGCUUCUUCUAACACACUUUAGUUUUUUUGGCUUAUAAGUUAAUAAGUUAUAAGUUAUAACCAUGAUCUAAUCAUGCAUGUGAUAUAAUCUGUACAGUUAGUCUUCAAGCUUAUUUAAAAACGUAGCAGGUGUAAUAUGUAUGUUUAUUUAUUUAUUCUGUUUAUUUUGAUGUUAGAAAUCUUGUGAAGUUGGUAUUAGUGCUAUUAAAAUAUAAAGUGCAUGAUUUCGGUGCAAUUAAAA